GUGAGAAAAGUUUCACGAUAAUCCUUACUACUCAUUAAAUCAUGUUACAUUCUCCCUUUACUUGGCAUCCUACUAUCGCGAAACUAUGUUCGACCACCAUCGUAUUCUUUUAAUGAUGUGACAUUGGACUUAAUGAACUUGGAUGCCAUGCCAAAAACAGACGCAGUAGCCGCCAACACGCUCGGCAAUGGCAAUAUUGCGACCCAGUGGCGGUCCACGGCGGGACAUGGACAGGAGAAGGAUCAAAUUGGAUAUCCCGCACAUGACGUUCGAAAAGGCGACGACCAUGCUGACUAGGUAGGUAGACGAGCCGACGGCAGAAGGACUGGGAGCUCGGCAAUAUAAGGUGCCCCUUCCAAGGUAAACAGCCCAAGGCUCGCCCACUCCAUCACGGCCUGUGCCUCCUUCCAUUCUUUUUUAGCAACAGUCUGCCUGGCACCUUGACCAUGGCGUUGUUGUUCCUACACCAUGCCAUGUGGCUGGUGGCCCUGCUUGCCUUAAAUCCCAGCUCUCGGGCAGCGGCUCAGUACAUCCAGAACUUUGUCCCAGCGCGAAUAUCAGAUCCGAGGACGAACCCGCCAACGUGGUACGAUGGCUACAAAUACCGACCGGUGCCCGACAACCUGACGCCCUGUCGAAAUGUCAUUGACACUCGAGAGCAAAGAAUCACCAUCUAUUACAACUGCCACUACAUGACCAACAUCUGCCAGAAUGUCAACAACUUCGAGGCCACGGCACGGGGGCAGGCUCUGCAUCCCGGAACGACGAUCCCGCCAGGCAUGUACACGUACGACUUUAACAGCGCCGAGGGGGAGCCCAAGUCACGCAAGUUCUACCGCCGCGAGGCGUCGUGCCCGAACGGGUGGAAGAACUCGCACACGUGCCCCGAGCCGGCGGGCCAACAGACGCUGUGGCGGCACGACGGGCCGUGGGGGUCGACGGCGCUGGAGCCGGGCACGGCGAACAACAUAAUUGAGCACGAGCGCGACGCGCAGAACCAGAUCACGCGGUACUCGCAGAUGCGCUACUCGUGCGACGAGUUCCCGCCGGCUACGUGGAUCGAGGGCGGCAACGGCUGGGACGGCACCACGCCGGCCAACACCUUCUGCGCCGGCCUCUCGUGCAUCAUGCCCAACUCCAACGGCGCCGUGCCUAUCAAGGCCGAGCAGAACUGGCAGGGCCAGUCGCACUCGAAGCUGCGCGAGGUGCUGCUGUCCUACAUUCGCCGCCGCCAGGCCGAGUUCCCCUGGCACAACCCGGACGAGCCGCAGCACGACGUGGCCUUUUUCAACUUUGCCGCCUUUGACCAGGGGCAGACGGGCUUGGUAGCCACCAUCUUCUGCGACGAUGACACGACCGCUUCCGACAAUGAUUUCAGCUACAUCACCCAGGCCAAGAGAGAGGAAACACUAGCCAACAACCCAGACGAACCGGCACGCACGCCCCGAUCGCGAUACAGCAGGCUCACCCCCGAGCAGACGUAUCAGCGCAUGAUGGCUGGCCACGGCCGCCGCUUCGACAUCCCCGCCCACGUCAACGAGUCCAUGGUGGCCGAGCCGGGUCUGUUGGGCGGGCUGGGGGGCAUCGGGAUGCAAGCCGGCGACUUUUCCGCCGACCUGAGCGGCCGCAUGAGGACGCCGCACUCUGACUCUGCCAAAGCCAAAAUUCCCAAGGUCAUUCCCAAACGCCAAGUCACGUCCAACUCCACGGAUGGCAAGCCUCUGCUGAAGACUGCGUCCGCGGCCGACCUCGCCAGGGCCCGGAGCAUCGUGGCCGAUGCCAUCGCUGCCUCGGCCGAGCGGAACAUGGCGCGGCUGGCCAACCCGGCGCGCAACCAGUACCGUCUCAAGCCGGGCACCGUGAUCGGCGGUGCUGCGACGGUGCCCAACAACAACAACAACAACAACAAGCGACGAGGCCGUAGACAAGACCAGAACGGUGGUGGCGACGACGCGGCCCCCCCUUCGCUCCUCGAAAUCACCGACGAGAUCGCCUGGGCCGCGGCCCUCGUGGCCGAGGCGGAGGCCGUGGCACCACCCGAGGGUGUGAACUUGGGAACCGCCCAUCCUGUUCCGUCCAACUCGAGCUCGAGCGGCGUCAAGCGCCGGGCCCAUGUCCGGGGCACGUACUGGAUGGAGACCAUCGCGCGCAGAGGCACCGUCCCCUGGGGCGACGACCCGACGUACCAGGUCUUCCGCAACGUGCUCGACUACGGCGCCACCGGAAACGGCGUGACCGACGACACGGCGGCCAUCAAGGCGGCCAUGAACGACGGCCGGCGGUGCGGCGAGAAGUGCAACGGGUCCACUACGAAGAACGCCAUUGUGUACUUCCCCCCCGGCACCUAUCUCGUCUCGAGCACCAUCCCCCUGCCCUUCGGCACGCAGGUUAUCGGCGACGUCCUUAACCGGCCCCUAAUUAUCGCCUCGUCGUCGUUUAUUGGUCUGGGCGUGCUGUCCACGGACGAGUACACCGGCGGGGGCAUUGGAACCGACGGACGCGACCAGCAGUGGUUCGUCAACACGGCCAACUUUUACCGCCAAAUCCGCAAUGUGAUUAUUGAUGUGCGCAAUGCCCCGGCCAUCGAGAUCACAGCGUGCCUGCACUACCAGGUCGCGCAGGCGACGAGCCUGCAGAACGUGGAGCUGCGGGCCGGGCCGGGCUCCAAGGGCAUGUACGCGGAGAACGGCAGCGGCGGUCAGAUCUCAGACGUGGGUUUUAGCGGCGGCGACGUCGGGCUCUACGGUGGUGCCCAGCAGUUUACGGCGCAACGCCUGCGCUUCGACGGCUGCGACACGGCCGUCCAUGUGUUCUGGGACUGGGGCUGGGUGUGGAAGUCGGUCACCAUGACCAACGUGAACGUCGGCUUCCGCUUCGUGGCCAAGGACCCGUCGGGGUCCGUCGGCUCGGCGUCCAUCAUGGACUCUUCCUUCACAAAUGUCGGCACCGCCGUCCUCGUGUCGCCGCCCCCGGCUGCCGUGGGCUCGCGCACCACGGGCCUGGUGCUCGAGAAUGUGGCCCUCUCGGGCGUGCCGGCCGUCGUGGCCGACACCAGCGGCACGACGCACCUGUCCGGGGCCGGCCAGUCGCUUGUCGACCAGUGGGUGCUGGGCCCCGUGUACGCCGGCUCGGCCAGCGCGCGCUCCUUCUCGACGGGCGGCAAGGUGGGGCGGUACCGCCGAGACGGCGGACUCGUCGACUCGUCGGGCAACUACUUUGAGCGUCCCAAGCCGCAGUACGAAGGCCGCGCCGUGGGCGACUUUGUCCACAUCAAGGACUUUGGCGCGGUGGGCGACGGGGUGACAGACGACACCGCCGCUGUCCAGAACGCACUUUACGCCAGCCAGGGUAAGAUUUUGUUUGUGGACGCCGGCUCUUACAUCCUGACCGACACCGUGGUCGUGCCGGCUGGCAUCAAGAUGGUCGGCGAGACCUGGUCGCAGUUCGUGGCCUUCGGACCCGCCUUUUCCGACGAGAACAACCCGAAGGUUAUGGUGCGUGUGGGUGUGACCCCUGGCCAGGUGGGCAACGUGGAGAUGCAGGACUUGUUUUUUACGACGAAAGGGCCGACGGCUGGUGCCGUGCUUCUCGAGUGGAAUAUGGCCGCCGACGCCAAGGGGUCGGCUGCCCUCUGGGACUGUCACGUCCGUAUUGGCGGUGCUACCGGGACCGAUCUGACGCCGGCUGAGUGUCCGGCCCUGACCUCGGGCAUCGCGCCGGGCUGCAACGCCGCCAGCCUGAUGAUGCACAUCAAGCCAGGCGCGUCGGGCUAUUUUGAGAACAUGUGGCUGUGGGUGGCUGACCACAUGAUUGACGAUCCGGAUCUCGAAGACGCCAACAACACCAUGGUGCAGAACUCGGUCUACGUGGCCCGUGGCUUCUUGAUCGAGAGCACCGCGCCUUACAACUUUCACAACGCCGCCAACAUCUUCACCAGCAUGAUCCAGACCGAGUCGCCCUAUUACCAGCCCACCCCGCCGCCCCCCGCUCCGUUUACCAGCGCUGUAGGCAAGUUCCCUGGCGAUCCCGACUACACCUGCGCCCCCGGUGAUGACGACGAGUUCAACGGCUGCGAUGAGUCCUGGGGCGUGAUCAUGCGCGGCUGCGAGGACAUCCUCAUCGCAAGCGCCGGCCUGUACUCAUGGUUUUCGACGUACACCCAGGACUGCAUCGACGGGCAGGCAUGCCAAAAGGCCAUGAUGCUGCUGCAGGGCAACCACGCCAGCGUGCGGAUCCAGCACCUCGUCACCAUCGGCACCAAAUACAUGGCCGUCAUGGAGGGUCAGGGCAUCCUGGCCACGGACAACCUUAACGUGGACGCGCACCCCUUUUGGUCGCAAAUCUCGAUCCUGGACGUCGCCAGCGACGGCGCCCAGUUCAACGACGUCAUCUGGGUCGAUCCGAACAUCUGGAACAUGGACGAGCCCGAGUUCUCGUGCGCGCCGCCCUGCAGGGUCAAGCUCCCCCCGUACACAGGCGCCACCUCGGUCGUCAACUUCCCGCUCAUGACGGUCAGCAAGGACGCCUGGACGAGCACCAUCACGGUGCCGCCCAUGACCCUGUCCAAGCUGGGCUUCGAGAUCAUGACGCUGGGCGAGGGUGGUGGUGGUGGCGGGGGGCUGAAGCGCCGCACCGCGUUUGGGUCCAUCUGGCCCGUCCCCGCCACGACCAGCAACUGGCCCGUCGUCGACUAUCUCGGCCCGGACGGCAAGUAUUCGACGGCCAGCCCGACGGGGGCCUUCCCGACGCCCCCGCCGUCCAUCGGGCCCGGCGCGGCGCCCCCGCAAAUGGGCGCCUGGCCGGCCCAGGCGCUGGUGGCGCACGCCGCCGCCGUCGACCCCAACGCCGAGCUCGAGGCUGAGGCUAAGGCCUGGCUGUGCUGGCAGGCCGCCGAAAACCCCAGCUACUGGGACCUCGAUUUUGUGACGGAUUGCCCGGGGUACGGCGUCGGCCAGAUGCCCAUGGGCCCCGGCGACUCCGGCUCCGGCUGGGGCUGGGGCUGGGACGUGCCGCAGAUCACGGGCAACAGCACCUUCCAGGGCGAGCAUGUGCUGUGCGAGCUCCCGGAGACGUCCACCACCACCACCUCGGCAACCAGGACGACCCCGACCCAGACCCCGCCGACGCCGACCAUGGACCACGCCGAUCCCAACAAGAACCAGGUCAACUGCUUCAACAGCGGUCGAAAGAUGAGCAACAUCCGGCUGCAGAACGGCCGCAAUUCCGCGUGUAACCACAUCGAGUGGCUGGACAGGGUCUCGGGCCGAAAGCGCGCGGGCGGCGAGCUGCAGGCGGGCUUCGUGGCCGACGGCAUCUUGCCGUUCAGCGGGGGCGAGGAGAUCCAUUGGAUGUUUGAGGUCAAGGAGGGGUGCGCGUGGACCUUUGACUUUGACGAGUGUCUAAAGUACCUCAAGACCCCUGUCGACAGCUGCGACUGUGGCGGCGAGAACGGCAAGCAGGGCGGCUGGGGCGAGAAUAAUUGUCUGAAGUGGAUGUUUGACCCGAAUAAAUCGUGCUUCGACGCCAACUAUCGCCUUAUCGUCCGAGACCUGGGGUCCACGUAUGGCACCAGCGUCAUAUACGACGACAUGAAACGGGGCCGGUGGCGUAGUUUUGACUGGAUUAACGUCAGCACCGGCGAGGAGUAUGCGCUUAAGGAGCCGAAGAAAGGCUCGGGCCAUGAUACUCAGUGGAAGAGGGAGAUUGUCAUCGUGAAAAGAAUCAGCUACAAGCAUAUCGUCUCGUUGAUAAACUCGUGUUUGCCGCUGUCGCCGUGGCUUCAUCUCGAAUACAUGCCCGAGGGCUCCAUCAGCAACCACCUUCAUUCCAGCAAAUCCUUUAACGAGCGUGAAUGCAAGCAGAUUCUUGCGCAGUCAUCGGACGCCCUGGCCUUCCUACACUCGCAAGACCCCCGGAUCGUGCACAGAGACGUCAAGCCCAGCAACAUGCUGAUCCAGCGCCGCCGUCCAGACGAUCUCUUCAUCAAGUUCGCAGACUUUGGCAUCUCGCGCAAGGGAGAUACCCUCAAUACCUUUUGCAGCACGUAUGCCUACCUGGCUCCCGAGGUCUACGAGGGAAAGAGCAUCACGCAGCGCCGGCAGCCCACUUAUACAGCCCUUGUGGAUGUCUGGUCGCUGGGUGUUGUUCUCGCCAGGCUCAUGUGCGGACUUCCCAAACAGGAGGAAAUAGACAGCAUGGGGGUGGAUGAUGACCGAGAGACGGCGGCGGAGUGCCACAAGGAGGCCUUCAGACCCCUGUUCGACAGCAACAGCGUUCCUGAAAGCGACAACGACCGAGGAGAAGCGGAUGGCUACCACCAGCACCAGCAGUCGGACACCAAAGCGUCUACAAUUCUCGCUAGCAAGGGGGAUGGGAGCUUGUCGUCGCUUAGCAGAUACAUUUACUACACAGACGAACUGCUAGGACGGCGACGGGACUGCUCCUGCAGGGCCCCGUCUCCUGAGACGGUGGUCCUGCUCCAUGCAGGGCAGCUGCUGGAAAAGCUCCGCAAUCCGUAG